ACAGCUAAAUUUAUCUUUAUAUAUAAUUGACGGUUUCUACAGAGCUUUAAUAAAGACUUUUAACACACCAACAUGAAUUGCGAUGAAGUAUAUGAGAUCAAAAAAACUUGGGAAAUACCCGCUGCUACACCCACAGAGUCCGGUGUGGCGAUAUUGUUAAAAUUCUUUACAAAAUAUCCGUCCAAUUUGGAAAAGUUUUAUUCAUUUAAAGAUCUGCCAAUUGAUGAAUUAAAAAACAAUGCCCGCUUCAAAGCCCAUGCCGUGCGCAUUAUUAAAGUUUUUGAUGAAUCCAUACAAAUGUUGGGACAUGAUUGGUCGGGACCAAAGCUAGAGGAAAUGUGGUCAAAAGUUGCAGUGUCACAUUUUAAUCGACAAAUUGAAAAACAAUCGUUAAUGUAAGAACUGAAAGAGGUUAUUUUGGAGGUAUUAACGGCGGUCUGUAAUUUAAAUGAGAAACAAACGGCAGCCUGGAUUAAGUUAAUGGACAUUGUCUACUCAAUUGUUUUCAACACACUGGACAAACUAAAAAAUGGUGAACAAUAAAACGAAGCGCAACAGAAACUUAUUUGAAAGAAAUAAACCAAAAACAACAAUAUUUGUUAAAAAAUAAAUUCAAUUGUUAUUAGCAAUUAACAAUAUAAUUUUGUUUUUUUUGUAAGAAAAAAAUUUAAGAAAUAAUAUUAAAAGAAACAUUUUAAAAAUUUCUAUAUGAAUGUGUGUAAUAAGAUGAAAAUAAAUGGCAGUUAGUUAAAGCUCUUCCUUGAAACAUAAAAACACAUAUACAUAUCUAUACAAAUACUCUUCUUACCUUAUAUCCUUUUCCUCUCCCUCCUCCCUAAAGUAAAGAGAAAAUAAACACACUCACACUAAUGCACUAAAAAGCUUUAUAUUUAUUAAAAAAAAUACAAAAAAACAUAAUAUUAAGCAUAUUUGUAUGUAUGUGUGUAUAUUAGAGAACAAGUGUAAAAAAACCAUAAAUAAAUUCGACAACUGGUAGUUGCAACCUUUUAGCCCACCUUUAAGAACAACAACAAAAAUAAAGCAAAUUUAGUUUUAAAGAAAUGAACAACACAAAUAUAAUUGUUAAUUGUAUUAAUGAAGAACAAAAAAAAAACAUAAAAAUAUAAAUAAUAAGCAAAAGUUAAUUAUGCAUUUUUCUAAAUAUUUUUCUAAACAAAUUAUGAUUGCUAACAGAUCAUAAGUAUGUAUGAAAACAUUGUAUGUAAAUGUAAAGCUUAAGUAAUAAUUGUAAUGUUAUG